UUAAAUUUAGCUACAAUUUUCUAAGAAUACGGGUUCUUCUUAACUUUUUGUUGAAUGGAAAAUUCUGGAAGUUAUUUCUGCUUAUAAAGCUAACAGUUUUUUUAGCGGUCAGUUGUAGGUAAGACUCGGUUCCCACUUGUUGAUUCCAACACUGAUUCCCACUUAGUGACUAUGGCGACUCCGAUCCUUCUUUCCGAAAUAGAAACAGCGACUCCCGGACUAAAAGUGUUCCCUGGUGCGACCCUAAAACGGUACUGUGUGACCUACAAGGGUCAUUUCUACAUAUAUAGUGAAACGGCGCACACGAAACACUUAUUCAGGUGCACGGAAAACAAGAAGGGGUGUCAUGGUAGGCUCCACAUUUCGUGGAACUACAGAUCCGUUGCGUGCGAGGAACUAGCAGGUGACGUGUCACAUAAUCAUCCUCCGAGUGAUGCGGUCUGUCAGCGUAAAUACGCUCUUUGGAAAAUGAAGUCAGCCGCUAAAUCCUCAGCAGCUGAAGCAGCUGAAGCCGGGACUUGCCCCAGUUCCCAGAAAGACAUUUUCCCAUAUUAUGCCUGUUUUACACCCUGUAUGAUUUUUACGUAUUUUUUACGUAUUGUGGCAGACCGGCACGUAACAAUAACGGGAAUAUGUAACGUGUAAAACACAAGUAUUACUCUUGGGUUUGAGGGUCAGUUAUAUGCUUGUUUUAUGCUCGUGUUGUAUUCGAUGAAUACAGACGUUAUAUUACUGUAUUAUUUCUGAAAUUACGAUCAUUUUACACAUUAAUUGUUUUCAAAUCUGUACAUAUUUAUUAUCUCUUCAAUAAUCAAAAAAAAUUACGCUAUACAAGUUAAGUUAACAAAACUCCAUUACGGCUAGGAUUAAUGUAAUUAUUUAACAUCGGGAUACAAUAGUAACAACUAGAAUCUAAUCUAUACGGUAACAAAACGCAUUUCAUAAACAACAAAUUACUAUUAAGUACAAAAUCAUUAGAUAAAUUUAACGACAAUUUAUACAUACAUAAUUUGCUACUCUUAAUCGGAUACAUACCCACAGUGUUUCGAGUAAGAAUUUUUUGACAAAUGAAGUUAGGUUUACCUAUGUCAUCAAUUGUUAUUGAUUUAACGAGAACUAUAUUCAUUUCCCCAUCCAGAAAGCAAUUAUCACCAAACUUUGUACCAAUGCUAAAUUUUUCUAAAAAAUAUCGCCGGAUUACUUUAUUUUUACCUUGUACAUAAUUUUUGCAUCUGGCGGACUUUGACUGCAAAUAAUCAGAAUUACGGGCUUCUUCCACUCGUUUAACUAUUUGCUCCAACUGAAGUUUUUUCCCUCUGACUUGUUUUUUUAAAAACUGCAAAUGAUUUUCGAAUGGGAAUGCGCUAACGUUAUCCAAACUACCGAAAAGUUUUGCGUCAUCUGAAAUAUGUAACAGGCUAUGUACAUUAUAGACAAUUUGUGUUGCUCCGUAUAUAUUUUUCAUGUCACUAACGAAUUUUUCUAAUAAACUUUUUGCUAAAUUAUUCCACUCAUCCA